AAAGUAAACAACUACUUCACAUCCCUCAAAACAAUUGAUACGACCAGUGGCAACUAUAAUAUGAGCCAAGGACUAAACCUCAAGAGGUACCAGUCUUUCCACUUCCAUCCGAACCCGCAGGACUUGCACAAGCCGAACUUCAUCUUUUCCCUGGAUGUUUUGGACAAGGCCAAGCGCUUGUUUCAGAUUUACUCCCACCUAAGAACCAAUAACUCCCAACCCUCUAUUGAUUUAGCCGAGCACCUGGAGAUCGACUUUGUGGUGAAUGUCGAGCUCAACACUCUCAUCAGCAGGAACAAGAGUUUGAAGCCUUCGGACCUCAUUAGAGAUAACCUCAUCUUUUUGGCCAAAACUAACCAUGACGAGGUUCGGCCCACAAAUUUAAUCAGCACCUUGUUGACCUACGACUCCAAGUCGAACAUCUCGUGCCGAGACUUUGUGAGCGAUGAGGUUUUUAUUGUCACGUUAAGCUUGAGGCUACUCAACUUCAUGGUAGACAGUUCGGGAGACCUCACUAUAGACUUUUUGAAAGAUGAGAACUAUGGGAUUCUUCUUCUUUGUGACUUUAAUUUUAUCCAACAGAUCGAGUUAUAUAUCUCCCGGUUGUUUCGUGAGGUAUGGACAUCAUCCAGAGACUUUGACAUCGACUUUCUGCCCCAACUAGCCGAUUUGAGCGAGAUCAAUGAUGAAAUAUCUGGCACAGAAACCACUUUGGACAUGUCGGACCACGACGUAACUCCAGGCUGUUGCACUAUAGACGAUGGUGAUAUUCUGUACCAACUGUUACACCUUGAUGAAGAUGAUGCUGUGACUUUAGUGGGGAAACACAAUGGGCAGAAAUCCAACAUAAACUUCGGGUAUCUUCUAGCCAAGAACCCGCUACAAAGAGUUAACAACAAAGACAAGAGAGACCAAGAUACUUUUAUUCGUGAUAUCGAUAAUUUGAGACACAAUGACUCCACAAAGAUGCAGUUACUUGAUACCCUCGGUGAUGCUCCUAAGCUCGGACCACCAAUGCGAGACCCCCAAUAUGAGAUCAUCACCACAAGCACAGUUGCAACUUCCCCCAUGUUAUCUGCUGACUCUUUGAAAGCUCCUAAUCUACCAGCCUCCAACAGAUCGAGAUCGAAUUCCGCUGCAAUUUCUUCAAACUUUCCUGCCGUCAAACUUAAACCUUCUAACUCGGCCUUGAGCGCUUCACAGGCUCCACAGCCGCUUGUGCUUCCUGACGAGGAUGGAGGGACUCUUACCAGAAGACUGUCGCAUAACAUUACUUCCAAGCAACCUUUGAAGAAACAGACAUCUUUUACCAUUGACUUGCACGAGUACGAUAACCUUGCUCCUGGUGCAGCUUACGUCAAGGGUGUCAAGGGAGACAAAAAGUUCCAGUUCAUCAAAGUGGGCAAAGUGCAAAAGUUUGUCAAUCUCUUUGAGGAAAGAGUCAAUGAAGAAAACCAAUCACAAUCAACAACCCCCAGAACCAUGAGUCCUCGACCCAGCCGGCCCGUGAGCCCAACCAAAAUGUAUUGACCCUUUAUACUUUUAUAGGACCCCUAAUGAUUAACGUGAGACGAUUAUUUCUGAUACUUGGAAAUGCUAUCAGUGAGCUGGUUAAAUUUACUGAAGAUUCGGUUGAUUUCUGCCUGCUCCACCUGUUUGUCUUGGACGGGGUUGACUUUGAUGCUGUCCAAACACCACGAUUCUCUCAAACUUCUGGUGAUGCCAAGAAGGUCCUCGCAGAAUCGUAUUAUGGAUAACGCAUCUGUUUCCAUAGCGAGCGAUUCCACCGCCAACAACUCUUUGGACUUGUCCUGAAUGACUGCCACAUCGAAAACGUCCUGGAAUUUCUGGAGAAUUUGUUCGACGUGGGUGUCUAUGUUUUCUAAUAAUGCUAUUGAUUUUGCUUGCAUUGGUAGAG